CAAACAUUCCUCAAUUGAUUUCUAUUAGUUCGCAAAUACCUGCCUUACGACAGACUGACAGUUUGCCAUGAACGUAAUACUGUACUGUUAUUUGCUUGAAAUCUGUGUGUAUUCUCCUUGCUGUUAUUUGUAGUACUUAUUAGCUACCGCUCCUGUAAAUGCUUUCGCCGGGGCCAAGAUUAUAAUUUAUUCUUUCCAGCGUUUAAUUUAUCCGGUUGAUUCAUACACUACAUCAACCCUUAAAGUUAAUAAUGAAUCUUGCAAUUAUUUUUCUCUGCGGAUUUGCAUUGCUUCUCCGCUGUGGGCUCGGAAGAGCCGCUGGCCAAGCAAAAGCGACCACAGGUGCAGUCGUAGUAUCGACAUCAGCGAAGUCCGUCAUCUCCGUAAAAAUGGUCCAGCCUAACAUCUACUCGGAACCGCUGGUCUACGCCAAGCUGAAUGCGGCCUACGACCAGCUGGACAUGAUCAAAAACUCCAACUAUUCUGUAAUUAUUCUUGAUCCACAGGAGUCUGGUUUGAAUCACGAUCAGAUUAUGGAACUGCGGCACGGAACCAACCGGACAAUACUGGCGUAUGUGUCCAUCGGCAUCGCUGAUACCAGCAAACCCUACUGGCGCCCCCAAUGGACCGGCGGUUUCUUUCCUGAUUUCGUUGUCCAGCCGCAAUACACCGAACUGACACCUGGUCACUAUUGGGUGCAGUUUUGGAAAGCAUACUGGCAGCGCAUGUUGCUGCGUUACAUUCAAGAACAAGUUCUGAGCUUGGGAUAUUCAGGUUUACUGUUGGAUAAUUUGGAUGUUUAUCUGCGCGAUACCAAUCCGGAUAUCGAUGAGCGCGAGGAGAUGAUAACGUUUGUGCAGGUUAUCAAAGAACAGGCACAACAGUUUUAUAAAGAUACAAAGAUCUUUGUGUCUAAUAUCAGCGAGUUAUACUCAGUAGACCGAUUCAGGAAAACGGUCGAUGGAUUUCUUGUUGAGAAUCUGUGGUUUGAAAAGGACAAGAAUUUGUUGAAGGAAAACAAAACGAAGGUGGAUCAGAAACUGAGCAUUCUGCAGCAAGCGCAACGGGAUGGAAAAGUUAUUAUAUCCCUUGACUAUUCCACUAACGAUUCCGACGUGUGCACGUUUUACGAACACUGUUCGUUACAAAAAUUUUUCUGUGCCGUUACGGAUCAGAAGUGGACUAGCUGGCCGAGGAUAUGCAUACCGAAAACAACCACAACUGUCGUCCAGACACUAACCACUCAAAAACCCUCCAAAGGUCCCUAUUCAAAUGCGGGGCGGCGUUUUUUCUCCUUGCUGAAUCUUACGCUGGGAAUCGUCGCAGUUAUGUGUAUGCUACAAUGGCUUUGAUAUCUUCGAUUCCAUGGCAAAGCGUGACUAGCUAGUCGUAAGUAUUACUUAUUGUUAAUACAGCGCCAACGUUCGACAUACCGUAUUAAACUACGGGGGGUUGAAAAUGUGAAUGACGGAACAUUGAUGGAACACAUGCAGAUUUACGUUUAUAUUUAAUUGGUCCUUUUGGGAUUUGCGCUAACCAGAAUUAAUAGCGCUUUUCAAAGCUAUGGAAUUCCGUGGUGUUACAGCAUGCUGUGCUUAAUUGCCUGUAUCUCGAAAGAAAUUAAAAUUAAUGUUGUUA